AGAGAGGCUCUCUUCUCUGGGUUUGCCUUCCACCUUCAUCACACUACACAGAGGGUCUUUCUUCCUUGCUUCCCCACCCCACUUCUUGCCUGCUUCUACACUCUCCUGAUCGCCUUAAAGCCAGUGGUGAAGCUAUCAUGGAUUGCUUGCCAGCCGAGCAGAUAUCUGAGUUCCAAGAGGCCUUCUGCCUCUUUGAUAAAGAUGGAGAUGGCUGCAUCACACUGCAAGAACUUGCCACUGUCAUCCGAUCGCUGGGUCAGGACCCGAGUGAAGACGAGCUGAAAUGCAUGAUCAAGGAGGUUGACAUCAAUGGCAAUGGCACCAUAGAAUUUGCGGAGUUCCUGAAUUUAAUGGCCAGAAAAAUUAAGGAGACGGAUACCGAGGAGGAACUAAGGGAAGCCUUCAAAGUGUUUGACAAAGACCAAAAUGGAUUCAUAUCAGCCGGCGAGCUGAGGAAUGUGAUGAUGAAUCUUGGGGAGAAAAUGACAGAUGAAGAGGUUCUCCAAAUGAUCAAGGAAGCCGAUACCGAUGGCGAUGGCCAGGUGAACUUUGAGGAGUUCUCGCGGAUGAUGACGGCGGCCUGAACUCGAUGAUCUCUCUACGACAUCAAAACCUCAUGCAAUGUUUUUUUAUUACUGUGCAAAAUCUUUUUUUGUUUAUUUUCCUCUACGAUAUUGCCAAUCUUCUUAUUAUAUGUUACCGCAAUGUAUCGAACAUGUAAACUAAUUCCCCUGCUCUGCCUCUAUGUUAGAGAUCUAUAAUUUUAAUAUACAACACU